UAGCGAGGAUGUUUUUUCGAAGGCAUGGAAAUAAGAAAAGCCAACGAGCUGAGGAGGUGGAGGAAGACGAUGACUUUCCGGUAUAUUCAUCUCAGUCACAAGAGGAUAUGACUGCCAUUGUCUCCGCCCUCUCUCAAGUGAUUGGAAGCGAUGAUUCCACCAGCAGUACCACCAGUCAUGCUGAUCCUGCUAUCUCAUCAUACUCAAAUUAUUCUGCUGUGCCGCCUAAUUAUAAUAUUCAACUGCAAGCACCAGAAGCUGGGAACGAGAAGAAGAGACACUAUAGAGGAGUAAGGCAACGACCAUGGGGAAAAUGGGCUGCAGAGAUACGCGACCCCCAAAAGGCAGCCAGGGUGUGGCUGGGCACAUUUGAGACUGCCGAGGCAGCAGCCAUUGCGUAUGAUGAAGCUGCUCUUAGGUUCAAAGGCAGCAAAGCGAAGCUCAACUUCCCCGAAAGGGUUCAACCCGGGAGGACCGAGUUGGGUUAUCUAACCACCCGUCCCCAACAUCAACAGCCAUCGCCUGCUGAUCAUCAUCAGCCAAUGUAUUAUCACACGGAUAUGGACCCUAAUCUUCAUUAUUACUCACAGCUCAAUGAAAUGGGUAGUUAUAAUCAUCCAAAUAUUUUGCAAUCUUCUUCGUCAUCUUCAAAUCUACAAGGAAGCUCGUACGAUUAUGGAUCCACGCCAUAUUGGCAAGGCUAUGAUCCAAGUAGAAAUAUGUAGACCGGAUUGAUAUAUUAUAUAUAUAAAUUGAAGUCUAUAUAUGUAACUUAAUCACAAUUAAUGCUCUUGUAAGCUUGCUUAUCAUCAGUUUCGUAAUCUCGUACUAGUUUUUUAAUUUCUUUCUCAACAUACCAUGUACUGUUCACUU